AUGCCUUCCUUGGUGCAGCGCGCGGCCUCUCUGGCCACCGAACAGCUCCAUACUUUGGAGCGCAGGCAAGAUUAUUGCAGAGACAGAUUUGGUAAGUUCACGUAUGGACCAACAUUGGCCUCCUGCUUCUGAGUCAUUCAUCAUGACUGAUCAAUCCUCACUUCGCGGCAUUUUUAGGAAGGGUAUAUGAAUGCUCCAGGUGGUCCCGAGGCGCUAGAAUCGGUACCGGUGCGUACAAUCUUCGCUUUUGACGUUUAACAAGCGAGGCGCCGAGGGCAAGAGGCCCAGACACAUUUGCAUGGGCGUUUUGUUCAUUGAACAUUCCCUACUGCCUCUCUGCUGUCAAUCGCAGGUAUUGGAAUCGCUGUCUUUAUCAUCAUCCUGAUCCUUCUGUGCAGCGUGGCUGGCAGGAGAAAGCGGCAACAAGGCUAUUUCAUCCGACCCUCGAACAACAUGCAGCAGCAGCCCACAUUGGAUUACAAUCAGCAACAGGGUGGUGGCAACCCGUACGCAGCAGGCGGGUACAACUCCACAUAUGCACCUCAAGGUCAGGGAGCGGGGCAAGGGUACAAUGCUUAUGGAGCAGGCUACGGUCAAGAAAACCAGAACCAAUACGGAUAUCAGAACUCGGGCUACCCGCCUGCUGGCGGCGCUUACCAGCCACCCACUAGCCCACCCGAAGGUGGCUACAAAGCCCCAGAAGGACCGCCUCCGGGCGACAAUGGAGGAUCUUUCGCACCUCCACCCGGACCACCCCCUCCCUCUUACCAGCCAGCAAGCAAGGCUUAG